CCCGGAUGUGGCUGCGGCGGCACUCCUCCCCCGCUCGCCUCAGACUCGGGCUACGCGCCUCGCUCCGCUCCCUCUCCGGCUCGCUCGCGGCCCGCAGGCCCCUAGGCGCGGCUGGAGGCGCCUCGGCGGCGGCGCAGGGCUGCGCAGGAGUGGGCGGCCAGGCGACCGCGCGGCGGCGGAGCGGGCGGGGCUCGGCGCUGGUUCCCCGCGCCUGGCGCGCCCCGGCCGCCGCCAUGAGCGGCUCGUCCGGCACCCCGUAUCUGGGCAGCAAGAUCAGCCUCAUCUCCAAGGCGCAGAUCCGCUACGAGGGCAUUCUCUACACCAUCGACACCGACAAUUCCACCGUGGCGCUCGCCAAAGUGAGGUCCUUUGGUACUGAAGACCGUCCCACAGAUAGGCCUGCUCCCCCAAGAGAGGAAAUUUAUGAGUACAUCAUUUUCCGGGGAAGUGAUAUCAAAGAUAUUACUGUGUGUGAACCUCCAAAAGCUCAACACACACUCCCUCAAGAUCCUGCUAUUGUUCAGUCCUCCCUGGGCUCUGCCUCCGCCUCGCCCUUCCAGCCACAUGUGCCUUACAGCCCCUUCAGAGGGAUGCCACCGUAUGGCCAGCUGGCAGCCAGCUCCCUGCUCAGCCAGCAGUAUGCCGCUUCCUUAGGUCUAGAGAAGUUGAUAAGCCCUCCAGCCUCAGCCGCUGCUUCCAGCCCUAGUUCCUCUCCAUCUCCACAGCCUGUUUCAGAGCUUGACAUGUCCUCAGAGCCACCUCAGCUCACUUCCAAGGGAGCUGGUUUUCCAUCUACCCCAGUCGGCAAGAGCCCCAUGGUGGAGCAGGCUGUCCAGACUAGUUCUGCUGAUAACUUGAAUGCUAAGAAACUGGUACCCAGCAAGGUCACCUCGGGGACACAGCUCAAUGGUCGCCAGGCUCAGCCAAGCAGCAAGAUUGCCAGUGAUGUAGUCCAGCCGGCACCUGUGCACACUCAAGGGCAGGUGAAUGAUGAGAACAGAAGACCUCCACGGAGGCGGUCAGGCAAUCGGCGAACAAGAAAUCGUUCCAGAGGGCAAAACCGUCCAACUAAUGUUAAGGAAAACACAAUCAAGUUUGAAGGUGACUUUGAUUUUGAGAGUGCAAAUGCCCAGUUCAACCGAGAAGAGCUUGAUAAAGAAUUUAAGAAGAAACUGAAUUUUAAAGAUGACAAAGCUGAGAAGGGGGAAGAGAAGGACCCAGCUGUGAUGACCCAGAGUGAAGAGACUCCUGCUGAGGAAGAUCUUCUGGGGCCCAACUGUUACUAUGACAAAUCCAAGUCCUUCUUUGAUAACAUUUCUUCUGAACUCAAAACAAGUUCUAGGCGGACAACAUGGGCUGAAGAGAGGAAGCUGAACACUGAGACCUUUGGGGUGUCUGGGAGGUUCCUUCGUGGCCGCAGUUCACGUGGUGGAUUCCGAGGAGGCAGAGGCAAUGGGACAACACGGCGCAACCCCACUUCCCACCGAGCUGGGACUGGCCGGGUGUAAGGGUGCAGUAAAAGGUCUUGAAGAGGCACAGAGAUGCUGCUCUGAAGAUAAGGACAGAAAGAAACGCUACACUCACCUGGAGAAGUGAUCUUGUUUACCAAGUCUGGAUGCCCUUAUACUGCUACUUAGCUUUGGACUCAACCUAAACUUGGACGUGGUCUGAUUAGAACCACUGGUUUUGUGGGGAAGUGUUUGUAGGUGACCUCGUGAAGGUAUCUUGACCUACAUUUUCUUCUUGGUUGCACACAGCCUAAUUGUAAGGUUUUGGUAUUUUGCAAAAGGUUUCUUAUAGGCAAAGGCUCAAUCCUCCACUUUCUAACCUUUUUUUUUUUUUUUUUUAAAUGACAGCUUUGACUCUUAAAACAGAACCAAAUUUUAUUUGGCACAUGUGGUGUCCAAAUGUGUCUUUGCAACCCAUCUGGCCCCUGGUGCUGCUGGCCUGGUGCCCCAACUGCUAAAAGUGGGAAGUCUCAGGAGCCAGGCAGGGCCAGCACAGGGUGAACCAGUCAUAUUGGGGUGGGAGGGCCAAGGGCAGGGAAGGGGGGGUGGCGUGUUUCAUGGAUCAUGUUGUGUAAUGAACCAGUAAUGUUCAGUGUUGGAGGCUGACAGAGGAUGAGUAAAGAAGUAGGAAGGGCCCCUUGAGUGGCAUGUAGAGCCCAGCUUCCACAGGUACUUGAGGCUUAGUGUUGAAGUCUAAGAUAAGCCAGUGUGGUAUGCCCUACCUUCCUGUCCUUGUCGGCCUCUGGCUGCACUUAAGUGUUCUCAUCCACUUUGAAAUGAGCCAGUCUUUUUUUUUUUUAAGGUCACUGGCCUUACUUCCUCGAUUGUAAAUGGUUCUUGUGUGUUAUUUUGAAGGUGGUGGAGGGAGGGGGGUACAUAAAUUCGCUGCAUGAGUAAAUGGGUCAGACUUUCUGUAUAAGCAUGCAUCCUCUUGACUGACAGGGCGUUUUGUUAAAAUAAGCACCUUGACAACCAAAACCCCUUCAAAAUAGCUACAAAGCUUUAGUUCUGUAUUGAUGAAGUCACAUUGCAAAAGCUUGGGUUUAUUUUUGUAGGACUUCAUAGCUGAGACUAGAACAUAGCAUUGGGGCUACUGUUGGGGUAAUGCAAACUCUAAAUAAACAUUCAAACCUUCAAA